GAAGUCUGCUGACCGCCCCAUCUCCUCCCCGUUCUUCCCAGGCCUAUGAGUUGUCCACGCUGACAGGGACACAGGUGCUGUUGCUGGUGGCCAGCGAGACGGGCCAUGUCUAUACCUUUGCCACUCGAAAGCUGCAGCCCAUGAUCACCAGUGAGACUGGCAAGGCACUGAUUCAGACCUGCCUCAACUCGCCGGACUCCCCGCCCCGCUCAGACCCCACCACCGACCAGAGGAUGAGUGCCACGGGCUUUCAGGAGACAGACCUCACCUAUCAGGUGUCUGAGUCCGACAGCAGUGGGGAGACCAAGGACUCACUGAAACCGGUGUUCACAGUCACCAACCUGCCGGGUACCACCUCCACCAUCCAAACAGCACCCAGCACCUCUACCACCAUGCAAGUCAGCAGCGGCCCUUCCUUCCCCAUCACCAACUACCUGGCACCAGUGUCUGCUAGUGUCAGUCCCAGUGCCGCCAGCAGUGCCAACGGGACGGUGCUGAAGAGUACAGGCAGUGGCCCUGUCUCCUCUGGGGGCCUCAUGCAGCUGCCUACCAGUUUUACCCUCAUGCCUGGUGGGGCAGUGGCCCAGCAAGUUCCAGUGCAGACCAUUCAGGUGCACCAGGCCCCACAACAAGCGUCUCCCUCUCGCGACAGCAGCACAGACCUCACGCAGACCUCCUCCAGCGGGACAGUGACCUUGCCCGCCACCAUCAUGACAUCAUCUGUACCCACAACUGUGGGCGGCCACAUGAUGUACCCCAGCCCCCAUGCGGUGAUGUAUGCACCCACCUCGGGCCUGGCUGAUGGCAGCCUCACCGUGCUCAACGCCUUCUCCCAGGCGCCGUCCACCAUGCAGGUGUCCCACAGCCAGGUCCAGGAGCAAGGUGGCGUCCCCCAGGUGUUCCUGACAGCACCAUCUGGGACAGUGCAGAUCCCUGUUUCUGCAGUUCAGCUUCACCAGAUGGCUGUCAUAGGGCAGCAGGCCGGGAGCAGCAGCAACCUCACCGAGUUACAGGUGGUGAACCUGGACGCCGCCCACAGCACCAAGAGUGACUGAUCUGCCCUGCCGCCCUGGACAGAUGGCCUAGGGGACGGCACCACUUAUUUAUUGUUGCCUUUUCACGUUUUCUUCACACACAUGACGGGCCGUAGGAGGGAGGCGGGGAGGAGCAGUGGGCAGCCACAGGACUGAGCCCUCUCACUCCAGCCAAAGAAAUGGGCCAGCCUACCCUCCACCCCGGCCUCCCUCACUCUCCCCUCCUCUGGCUCCACCUCCCAUUCUGUUGAUGGGGCUGCCCUCCCUCCUCAGACUUCCCUUGCCAGCUUGGCUCCAUGUUUGCCAUGAGUAUUAGCUUUCCCAGUGGACCGUGCCCCACCUACCACAACAGAUCUUUGUGGGACUAGGUACCAUCCUCCCCCACACCUCGAGGAAGCAAUGGGGUCCUCUGUCCAGCCUCAGUGCUGACCCCAUGUCAGUACUGUGUCUGCCACAGGCUGGGUCAGUAGAGCCCUCCCCAGGGAGCCAGCUGGGGAGAUGGGGCUGCUUCCCUCAUGCUGCCGCCUGCAGCCCCUGCAGCUCCACGUAGCUGGGCCUGUGCAGGGAGCAGGUCCCCGGGCCAUCUGCCCUGCCUUGCCGCUCCCUUGGGAACUCCAGGGGCUCCCGGAUUGGAGGGAACCAUCAUUGUUCCUUCUCCCCAUCUCCCCCCCACCCCCCCAGCUGCUUUACUUAAAGUUGAUUUUGAACUUUUUAUUUGAGGAGACGAAGUGAAAACAAAUCUAUAAAUAUAUAUUUUUAAAAUAUUUAACUUUUUUUUAUGGAGUUUUUCUCGUCCCCCUCCCUGCCCAAGCUCCCCUUCCCUGGGGAGCCCUGGGGCUCCCCAGAACUGGCUGGGCCUCUGGGGACAGAGCCACCCCCUGAACUUGGGGCCCACCAGUGUGUGGGGGAGAUUCUGGGAUUGCCCGGUCCUGGGUUAUUUCCAGGAGAAAACCGGGGAGGGGCCCUCAGGCCAUGCCGCAAUGGGAUGGGGAGGGUGACCCACAGCUCUGGGCCUCUUUUUGCCCUCUAGGGCUGUUGUUAGGGAGAGGGAAGAGGGAGACCAAAUGGUGGGGUGUCAGGUAGAGGAAACUGACUUCAUUUGUGCCACAUGCAUGGGCAUUGCAGCCUUGUGCUCCCCAGGCCUGCAGCUGCUUGGGGCCCAAGUUGCAAUGAGCAGGGUGGGAUCUGGGAGGGGGUGAGAGGCAGGAAAGGGGCUCAGAAAAAUGGGAGCAGCUCUUGGGCUGAGUGCAGUGAUAGGGGAACCAGAAGUGGGCAGCUCUCCCAGGGAGUGAGCAGCUACUGUAACUUUUUAAAAUUAAGACAAAAAGCCUUGAAGAAAAUGACUUUAUUUUUCUAAGUGUAACCUCAGUAUUUAUGUAAUUUGUACAGGGGCCGUGCCCCACCCCCCUCUUCCCCCUUUGGGGUAGACCUUCAGGGUGGGCCAACACGGGGAGGGUCUUUUACCCUGUGUCAGAGCCCACCUUCACCCCCAAUAUCCAGAAAGGAAGCUUUUUCAGAACAGGGCAGCAGUUGGGGUGGAGUUUUAUUAACCCUAUGACUGCCUUCAGUAGGAACAAGCCUGCUUCUGUGAUUAGGUGAAGGGGUGGGGGGAGAUUUUACGCACAGCCUAGUUAUCAAGGGGAUGAUUUGCCAACAUUUUUUGAGUCCCCCCUAACCUCUAACCCCCAUUGCUGUCUUGCCCCAGUUUCGGGUGCCAAGAUAGAAGUCACCUUUCUGGGCUUUCUCCUGGAGAGAGCUGGGGCUUAUGGGUGGCUUACAAGGCUGGGGCAUGGCAAAUCAGGGGCCAGAGAGUCGGGGGGCUUGGGACUCAGGUCUGUAACUGCCCAGCCCUUUUCUCUGCUCUUGUUUCACUCCACCCUCACUCACUCACUUCCCAACUCCCCCACCAGAGGAGGAGACCUUGAUGAAUUCCUCCUCUCCAUCCCACAAAAGACAGACCCAGUGAGUGAAUCAGGCAAAGUGCUUAUAAUGUGUGUUGUGUGAGCAUGGCCUUGGGAGAACAUGCGUGCAUCAGGGAUAAGGUGGCAUUUAUAUGUGCAGCAACCCUUGGUGUUUCCCUUCCUUGGUGGCUCUGGGGUGUGUGUGUGUGUGUGUGUGUGUGUGUGUGCAUGCACACGCGUGCGCACACUUGAGUGAAUGUGUGUGUGAAUGUGGGGUGUGUAUGUCAGUGAUUUCUACUUCCUGGGAUGCUGACCCAGGAAUAGUGGACAUGGUCACAGUCCUAUGUACAGAGCUUUCUUUUGUAUUAAAAAAAAAAUACUCUUUCAAUAAAUGUAUCAUUUUUGUGCACAGAC